AUGGAGCCCACCUCGUCGUCGGCGAUGGAGCGGCAGACGUGGGAGCUGGAGAACAACAUCCUAGCGGCCGCCUUCGACCCGGACGCCAUGGAUGCGAUCUACCGCUACGACGAGGCGGCCAACGCGCGGGCCCACCAGGAGAAGCCCUGGGCCACCGACCCGCACCACUUCCGCCGCGCCAGGAUCUCCGCCCUCACGCUCCUCAAGAUGGUCGUCCAUGCCCGCGCUGGCGGCACCAUCGAGAUGAUGGGCCUCAUGGAGGGCAAGUUCCAGGGCGACUCCAUCAUCGUCAUGGACGCCUUCGCGCUCCCCGUCGAGGGCACGGAGACCAGGGUCAACCCCCAGGCCGACGCCUACGAGUACAUGGUCGAGUACUCCACCAUCAACAAGCAGGCUGGAAGGUUGGAAAAUGUGGUUGGCUGGUACCACUCACAUCUUGUUUAUGGAAGCUGGCUGUCAGGCAUUGAUGUUUCAACUCAUAUGCUUAAUAAGCAGUUUCAAGAACCAUUAUUGGCUGUUGCGAUAGACCCUACAAGGACUGUUUUUGCUGGUAAAGUGGACAUUGGAGCUUUUAGGACAUAUCCAAAAGAUUACAAGCCACCGGAUGAGCCUGUGUCUGAGUAUCAGACCAUACCACUCAACAAGAUAGAAGAUUUUGGUGUUCACUGCAAAAAGUACUAUUCUUUGGAUAUAACCUAUUUCAAGUCAUCCCUGGACUCUCACCUCCUUGAUCUACUCUGGAACAACUACUGGGUCAACAAAUUGUCUUCGUCGCCACUUCUUGGUAACACGGAUUAUGUUGUUGGACAAAUCUUUGAUUUUGCUGAUAAACUAAAGCAAGCUGAAGGGCAACUGGCACGCAGUCAAUUUGGCAUGCUUAUGCCAUCACAGCGAAAGAAAGAGGUCAAAUCUCAGCUUGUUCUACGGUUCAUUCCCAGAAACACUACCGGCUUAACUAUCUAA